AUGACUCCAGAAUUAAAGCAGAGUGCCAAGAUUCCCCGUGUGCUGGAGGUCAUCUAUGCGGACCCCGACUUCCAAUUUCCUAUGGAGUACAAGGCAAAGGCGAAAGCACUGCGCGAGCGCUUCGAGGAAGAGAAUUGGGGCGCCCCUAUCUCUGACGUGACUGAGGAUCCCGAGGUAGAUUCUGGAAUAGACACCGACGAAGACGACCGAGGCGCACGGCCAGCAUCCAGAGGGAAUUGUAUGCCCGAUAAAGGCGAGUACACGCUCUUGCAGCCUUCCCCCAAUCAUCCUAUCUGGGACGUGAAGGGCAUCAUGCAUGGUAUUGCACUGCGUAAAUAUCGCAAUACUGGCAAAUACACGAAGGUGUUCAAUCCUCAAUACGAACACCAGAAGCGUCCAGCCAAGACAUAUGGUCACAACAAUCUCGAGGUUGGAAGUUGGUUCCCCGAACGUCUGGCCGCCAGCGCAUGGCGCCAGAGUUGCCGGUAUAGCCGGCAUCCCAGACACUGGCGCUUGCUCCAUCGUCAUCAGCGGCCAAUACGCAGAUCUGGACAGGGACGAAGGGGACGUCGUGUACUACUCCGGCUCCGGCAGUCACGUCAACGAGAAUCCGAAUCGGGCGGCUGCGUCAACCAAGGACACAGACAAGCUUCAUGCCUCCCUCAACAGCAAACGUGUUGUCCGUGUGCUUCGCACUUGGAAAGCCCAUGGCACAUACGCUCCAAUCGAAGGUCUGAGAUACGAUGGUCUCUAUAUUGUCGUCGGCUACGAUGAGCCUUUGAACGCUCGAGGCGGCAGAUACGAGCGCUUCAGAUUGGAGCGAUGCACUGAUCAGAAGCCUCUCUCCCAGUGCAUCAAAAGCCCGACUAGUCAGGAGUUGCGUGAAUACAACCGCAUCGUCUGGGGUUUCGAUGGCCAUAGCUUGGUGCGUUGA